CUCUUCUCUUCUCUCUCUUUUUUUUUUUUUUGAGGAAAACUCUUCUCUUUUCUUUCACUUUCCACGGCUAUUUUCUCUCUCUAGUCUCUAGGGUUUUGGAAAGUGUUUUUCGGUUUUGUUCUUCAUCCCUCACCUAACGCCUCAAUCAAUGUCGCCUCUGAAACCCUAGACAAUUGUUGAGAAAAUAAAUCAAAAUGUCGUUCUCGUUUUUGACUCCACAGCCUCAGCAACCCCAAUCACUGUUUUCGACGCCGCAACAGCCGCAGCCUUUUCAACAGACCAAUCCUUUCGUCUCACAACCGCCGCUGCAGCAGCAACAACAACAGCUACAAUUCCCACAGCAAACGCAGCAGUUUCAGCAGUUUCAGCAGCAGCAGCAGCAACCGCCACAGCAGCAGCAGCAACAGUUUCUUUUCACUAAUGACAAGGCUCCUGCGAAUUACAGCACCAAGUGGGCUGAUCUGCACCCAGAUUCUCAAAAGAUUUUACUUCAAAUUGAGGGGAAGAUAUUGGAGUACAGGGACGAGAGCCAGAGGUUAGACCAAUGUAGUCGCCUUUAUGAUUCCUCAGUUUCCAAUGAAGGCUUUGAGCUUGACGCAAGUCACAUUGUUCAGGAACUUGGGGGAAUCAGUACUGCCAUGGAGCGGCAGAAAUCACGGUUGCAGGAGCUAAUGACUGUUGUGAAAGACAUGUUACGGAACACAGAGGUGGCUGUUCAUUCUUUUAUGAUGCUUCGUCCAAGGUUUCUUCAUCCAAACACUGGAGGUGCUUCAAAUGCGAGUGCGCCCUCUCAGGCUCCAGGGGCAACAGCAACAACUGGUUCUGGCACUCAACUGACAGCCACCUCUGUGGUCCCAGUUUUUGAUUUUUACCGUGGGAUCCCAAAGAAGCCAUCUCCUUUUUUACAACAUACAAUUGCCAGAUUUGAAAAGUAUUUGGCUGAGUGCCGGCAGUGGAUUGAAGAAUUGGAGCAAUUGCUUCUUUUGGAUUCUGAUAGGAACUCUAUGAACAAUGGAUACUCAUUGUUGCAGUCUCUUCCAAAAGUUAUGUCAAAUGUUCAUGACUUUUUCAUUCAUGUGGCUGCUAAGGUGGAGAGCAUUCAUCAGUACAUUGAAUCCAUGAAAACAGCUUAUCUUGCUGAUCAGCGACGGCAAGGGGAUGGGAAUGAUCCUUUUCUUGCUGCGGAUCGGCGAGAAACAGCCAAACAAGAAGCCGCUGCUAAGAGGGUACAUCCAACAUUGCAUUUAGGUGCAAAUUCACAACCAUCAACCCAGGUUGCUGGAUUAUUUUCCAAAUCAGCAACCCCUGGGGUGGCAACUGCCCCACAGACAUCUGCAGCUACCAUUUCAGCUGCUUCGGGGAGUGGUCUUUCUCUUUUUAGUACACCAUCCUCUGCUUCUGUUUCCUCUUUGUUUACAACACCAACCACAGCUGUUGCCCAGUCAUCCCUUUUCAGUCCCUCAUCAGGAUCUCUCUUGGGGCCUGCUUCAACACCCUCUUUGUUUGGUAGCACUACACCAGCUUUUGGCUCUACCCCCUCUGCUGGAGGUUCACUUUUUGCAACCCCAUUUGCUUCAGGUGCUGCUACUGGGUCCGGUGCUAGCUUAGGGGCUGCAUCUAAAUCAUCAAGGCCUAAAUCUCGAACUCCACGGCGCUAGUCACAUUAAUUGAACACGGAACUCACUACUUAGAAGCAACUUGUGCACUAGUCAAGUGAUUGUUUGUGUGUAACAGUGAAGUUCCAUUUCAACAAUCAGUUCCUGUGCUCUCAAUUUGUUCGAGUGUUUAUUCAUUUCUAUAGAUUCAUUGUUAAAGUCCAAGAAAUCUAACACCGAAUUCAACCUUAAUUCCCCUGUUUUCCGUCAUUGGAAAAAGAUGUUGUGAGACUCAUGUUAUUUUCUGUAACAUUGUAGAAUACUGUUGUAAGUAGGUCUGUUUUGUAGUUGUCGUCCCAAAGAACAAGAAAACUUGCAAGGCCAGCUUCUAUUCAGAUUGUUGCUUGAAUGUAUUUUAGAAUAGGCAGAUUUUUCCUGUACUUGUACUAUUGUGAUGGGGGUCAGGGGUCAUCUUACAACCACUUCAUUUCCAAGCUAUCUGAGAAGAAUUUAACUUCA